UUGUUUCUCAUACCUUCAAUGAUACAUAUGGAAUCCGUUCAUGGUCUCAAACAGUCCAAUAAAAAUCAAGGAAUUCUUGUUUCACCUGGUUCUGAUUCGUCUUGGGAAGGUUACGACGAGGUUAGAUCCAAACAUCGUAACGAUCCAGCAGUGAUGAAUAAGCUACGUGAGAAAUUGAAGUCGAAAACUACAGUUAAACAUGCACCCAAAGAAAUAGACAACAAGAUUAAAGGGGUUACAACACGCCCUAAUCUCCCAAAGGGAAUGAAAUACGUCAUCAAGAAGAUCUCGUCCCACCCAUUGAGAUUCGGAACUAUAAGAGCCAAUCAUACCUUAUCUCAAUCUUCUAUCCAUAAAUAGCUGAUGUGCAUUAACUAU